CUCUAAACUAAACUGAAAACAAAAAAAAACAAAAAUGAAAAAAAUAUAAAACCAUAACAACUGUGCUGUGAGUUGAACUGAGUUCAUGUAACAGUAUCAGACGAGCUGGAGACCCCUCUUUUGUGUUCAUACACUUCUCAUAUUCACUGUUCAGCCUGGAGGAGUCCUAUCUAUAUAUCAUUGCCCUUUUACUGAGGGCGUGUGUUGUCAUUCCUUGGCUCGCAUACAUCAUGCAUGUCAUCCCAUUCCUCUGUAGUUUACAAGUGAAGCGCAGACAAUGAACACACCUGCUGCUGCUCCGGCUUUCUACUCCUCUCCCUGUCUUCUUUUCCAACUCUUACCACUUCCACAGAGCAAAAAAAAAUACACCUUUAGUGUGUCAUCAGCACCUGCCUGCUCUGCUCUGUCUGUAGUGAGAGCAUACAUGUGGAGAAGAGAGUGUGUAUGCAGUGGGUGGAAAAAGGAGAAGAAGGCGGAGUUGUGUUUUGUACUUUAAUGGGUUGUGGAGAAACCUGCCUGUCCACUCAGAGCUGGGAGAGGAGGAGCUUGUGGGGUGUGGGACUCCAGACAAAGGAGACAUAUACUCACUGACACUGGAUCACUGGAGCGGCAGAGAGCUUCACUUUCCGCACAGGAGGCAAUCCUCAACUCCUGGACUAGUUUUUGUGUGUGUGUGUGUUUUGGAAAACUUUGUGUUAUGUGUUUUGUCAGCUGUAUGGAUUCAUUUGUGAACUGAGAGAUGUUUGUGCUGGAGCAGCUGCUGCCAUAUGCUGCCUGUAUGUAGUGUGCAGUAAAGAGUGUGUGGGUUAGUAGGUUUGGGAUGGAAAAGUGGGGCUGGCACGACCAACAGCUCUGCUCUUAGCUCUGCGCCAUGGGGGGUUGCCAUAGCUACCCCUCGGCUACGAAGGCAGACAGCAAGAGUCUUCAGCCAUCUGACAUCAGCAGUGACAAACUGGGAAUUAAUAACAAUAAUCUGGAGGAGCGUCCAUAUCUGCAGCAGCAGUAUGUGUGCCAGCAGAUCACACACACAGACAUGUUUGCCCUCACGUCGCUGCCGCCUGGUGUCGACAAGGCAGAGUGGCUCGCCAGCAACACGGUGGCAUUUUUCAAGCACAUAAACCUGUUCUCUAGUGCACUGUCUGAGUUCUGCACUCCCAGUACCUGCCCCACUGCCUGUGGACCAGGCAACAUGGUUUAUGUUUGGACCGAUGACCACGGCAGGAAGCUGAAGUGCUCUGCCCCACUUUACUUUGACUAUGCCAUGUCAUACAUUCAGGAGCUACUGACUGAUGAAGAUGUGUUCCCCACAAAAGCAGGUUCAGUGUUUCCGACAGGCUUCGUCUUUCUGGUCCAGAAGGUGUAUUUGCUGUUUUUCAGGACUCUGGCUCACAUAUAUUGGUCUCACUAUAGAGAGACACUGGCCCUGGGCCUGCACCCGCACCUCAACACACUCUUCACGCACCUCACGCUCUUCUGCCGACAGCACGGCCUGUUGGACCCAGAGGACACUGAGCCACUGCAGGACCUCAUCACAGCUCUGGGACAGCCAGGCUGCACCUAAGGAGCAAACACACAUAUUGUGCACUUACAUUUUCAUCACACACUUAUUUAUGUGUUAUAUCUUGUUAUGUAGCAACAGUAUAUCAUGUCACUCACCACUCUAGGUCAAACUUAAACUUAUUUUACACAAUGAAAUUUCUUUUUAAAGGCCUGGAAGUUGUAAAAUAGAAAAUAAAAUACUGUUAAUGAACAGUAUUCGGGAGAAUGAAUGAGUUUGCUCUGCUUUAAAAAGCACAUCAGACCUGAAAAGGAGUGUCUUCCUCCUGAUGUUUAUAGUUGUCAUCAGUUGUUGUCAUACUGUGUGAAACUGUAGUAUUGCAUGUUCGUGUAUUUUAACAUAAUGGUGCAUUAUAAUAUUUUGUUAAGGUCAAGAUCUUCAAGGUCAAUCACGUCUUCCACAUAGGCACAGAGUCAUUUAAACAUUGAACCAUCCAAUUCACAGUCAAUAUAAAGAAAAUGUGUCAUUAUCACAUUGUGAGCAUUUGCUAAAACCCUUAAGGGUGUUAAUGUUAUUACAUUGUCAUGACUUCAUCUGUACUGAACAACACAUCCUAUCUCCACAUCUGCAUCAUGUAUGCUUCUGUACUCUGUAAUAAACAUCUAAGACGGA